AUGGUGAAGAAGAGCAUAAGCGAGGUGGGAGUAGAGGACUUGGUUGAGGCAGGCCUAGCCAUUGACGAGGCCAAGCAUUUGGAAGCAGUCCUUAAACAACAUACAAUCUCAUCGGACGACCCAAGAGAGGUGUGGCGGCAGCUGGUGUCUGAGAGAGUGCUAAAACCAUCACACCCCCAUGAGCUGCACCAGUUGAUCUAUUACUCUGUCUAUGCCAAUUGGGAUGUCUCCACCAAAGGCCUUCCUCUCUACUGGUUCCCUUCUCUAUACCAGUCUAGACAUACAAACUUGGGACGAUUGAUGGAAGCGCAUGGUUCAGAACUUUUAGGAACAUCAUAUAAGGACCCCAUAAGAAGUUUUAGCCUUUUUCAGAAAUUCUCAGUUCAGAAUCCCGAGGCUUACUGGUCAAUUCUUCUGAAAGAGCUCUCAGUUUCAUUUCAAGAAGCCCCAAAGUGUAUUCUAGAUAGGACUGACAAAUCCAAACCCAGUGGAGCUUGGUUUCCAUAUUCAACAUUGAAUAUUGCCAAAUGUUGUUUGCUACCCACCAGACAUCCAAGAAAAGAGGAUGAUAGUUUUGCUGUUAUAUGGAGGGAUGAAGGAUGUGAUGAUUCUGCUGUUAAUCAUAUGACGUUAAAGGAACUUCGGGAACAAGUAAUGCUGGUGGCUAAUGCACUGGAUACAACCUUUUCAAAGGGUGAUGCGAUUGCUAUUGACAUGCCAAUGACAGUCAAUGCAGUUAUCAUAUAUUUGGCAAUUGUACUAGCAGGAUUUGUUGUUGUAUCAAUAGCGGACAGUUUUGCUGUGAAGGAAAUUGCAACUCGCCUGCGUGUGUCUAAAGCAAAGGGCGUCUUUACCCAGGAUUUCAUACUAAGAGGAGGUCGAAAGUUUCCUCUCUACAGUCGGGUUGCAGAGGCUGCUACGUGUAAAGCUAUUGUGCUUCCAGCAAUUGGGAGCAAUGUAGGCAUUCAAUUAAGAGAACAGGAUCUACCCUGGAGUGAUUUUCUUUCUAGUGUUAGUCACAAUCCAAGAAAGAAUUAUUACUCUCCAGUCUAUCAGCCAAUAGACUCCACAACUAAUAUCCUCUUUUCAUCUGGAACCACAGGAGACCCAAAAGCUAUUCCAUGGACACAUCUUUCACCAAUUAGAUGUGCUGCUGAUUCAUGGGCUCACAUUGAUAUUCAAGUUGGAGAUGUCUUCUGCUGGCCCACAAAUUUAGGAUGGGUUAUGGGUCCAAUUUUACUCUACUCAUGCUUUCUAACUGGUGCAACUCUUGCUCUGUAUCAUGGAUCUCCUCUAGGUCGUGGCUUUGGAAAAUUUGUGCAGGAUGCAGGAGUCACUAUUUUGGGUACAGUUCCUAGCUUAGUAAAAGCUUGGAAGAAUACCCAGUGUAUGAAAGGCCUAGAUUGGACAAAGAUAAAAUCAUUCGCUUCUACUGGUGAAGCUUCAAACGUUGAUGAUGAUCUUUGGCUCGCUUCCCGUGCUUAUUACAAACCCAUCACUGAAUGUUGUGGGGGCACAGAGCUUUCAUCGUCCUACAUCAUGGGAAGUCCACUGCAGCCACAAGCUUUUGGGGCAUUUAGCGCAAAGUCGAUGACCACAGGUUUUGUCAUCCUUGAUGAACAUGGAAUUCCUUAUCCAGAGGAUCAAGCUUGUGUUGGGGAAGUGGGUUUGUUCCCACUAUACAUGGGAGCAACUGAUAGACUGCUAAAUGCUGAUCAUGAAGAAGUUUAUUUCAAGGGAAUGCCAAUGUACAAUGGAACGCACCUUAGAAGACAUGGAGACAUACUCAAAAGAACUGUUGGAGGCCAUUUCAUAGUUCAAGGCAGGUCUGAUGAUACCAUGAACCUCGGCGGCAUCAAGACAAGUUCUAUUGAAAUUGAGCGUGUCUGUGACCGGGCUGAUGAAAGCGUCUUGGAGACGGCUGCAGUCAGUGUUGCACCUGUGAAUGGGGGUCCUGAACAGUUGGUUAUAUAUGUGGUAGUGAAGAAAGAAUUUGACUCCAAAGUAGACCAGCUAAGGGCGAAAUUCUCAAAAGCAAUUCAAAGCAACCUCAACCCUUUGUUUAAGGUGAACCAUGUCAAGAUUGUUGCAGAGUUUCCUCGAACAGCCUCCAACAAGUUAUUAAGAAGAGUUUUGAGAGACCAAAUGAAGCAGGAGCUUUCUGUUCGGAGCAGAAUGUAG